GGGCAAGAAGCCAAUAACAUAUUACAUGCAUGGAUUUUUACAUAGAUUCAAACCAAAAUCCAACCAAACUAAUCCCACGAAAAGAAGUGGUCAUCUCCCUCCCACUUUCACAACUUGUCUCCGUUCUUUCCAAAGAACAUCCUUUUCUUCCAAUAAAAGGAUGUUCUCGGAAUCUACCCCCUCUAUAUCUACAGUAUCUAUAUCUCCUCACUGUCUCUCACAGCCACAAUAUCAAACACCUAACAAUCACCUCUCUCUCUAACAUUUUACCUUAAAGCAAUUAUCUUUCUUGCUGUCUAUGUAUAACCCAUUUGUUUUUACAUGUUAAAGACCACAUGGAAUGCUUAAUUAUCCUCUAAUAACUUGGAAGUCUGCAACUUUUUCUGUCUCACAAUGCAUAACCCCUCGGCAGUAACAACCACCCAAGAAUCAGGCUCUGUCUUUGAACUUGUAGCUCAAAUGGGUGGCUUUGCUUUUAAUAGAGCAGUUCAAAGCAUAAACUCAAAUGGGUUAUCUUUUUCUAGGUCAGAUUUUCUGUUUUUUGAUAGCCCGGUUGGUCUAAAAACGAGAAAGGUUAAUGCUUCAUUGAGUUUGAGUAGUAGAAGUGGUUUUAGAAGUGUUUGGAGUGAGUUUAAUAGGACUAUUAGGCUCCAUUCCGAGAGAAUCCCAAUUGGCUUUGCUUCAGUUCAGAUUGGUUCAGGAGAUAAUAAUGGUAAUAAUAAUAUUGGUAGCAAUGAUGGUAAUAAUACUAAUGGGUUAAGAGAUGAUGGAUGUGGUGCUUUGUUGGAUGAUGGUGUGCGUUUGAAUGGUGUAGAAGGUGGGAGUCCUAAAAGGGUUCUCAUUUUGAUGAGUGAUACUGGUGGUGGUCAUAGAGCUUCUGCUGAGGCUAUUAAGGCUGCCUUCAAUGAAGAAUUCGGUGAUGAGUAUCAGGUGUUUAUUACUGAUUUGUGGUCAGAACAUACGCCUUGGCCAUUUAAUCAAUUGCCCAGAAGCUAUAAUUUCCUGGUGAAACAUGAGGCAUUGUGGAAAAUGACAUAUUAUGGAACUGCACCACGUGUGAUUCAUCAAUCUAAUUUUGCUGCAACUUCAACAUUUAUAGCUCGAGAGGUUGCAAAAGGAUUGAUGAAAUACCAGCCUGACAUCAUUAUCAGUGUCCAUCCACUGAUGCAACAUGUUCCUCUUCAUAUAUUGAGGGCAAAGGGACUUUUACAGAAGAUAGUUUUUACCACUGUUGUCACCGAUCUAAGCACUUGUCAUCCUACAUGGUUCCAUAAGCUUGUGACGAGAUGUUAUUGCCCAUCAACAGAUGUAUCAAAGAGGGCAAUGAAAGCUGGGCUCAAGCCCUCACAGAUUAAGGUUUAUGGCCUUCCUGUACGGCCUUCUUUUGUGAAGCCUGUUAGACCGAAGGGUGAAUUAAGAAGAGAACUAGGAAUGGAUGAAGAUCUUCCGGCUGUGUUACUGAUGGGAGGAGGGGAAGGGAUGGGUCCCAUUGAGACAACUGCAAGAGCACUUGCGGAUUCAUUAUAUGAUGAGAAUCUUGGAGAGCCAAAAGGUCAAGUCCUCGUGAUAUGUGGUCGCAACAAAAAGCUCACUAACAGAUUACUCUCGAUUGAUUGGAAGGUUCCGGUCAAGGUGGAGGGUUUUGUCACUAAAAUGGAGGAGUGCAUGGGUGCUUGUGACUGUAUUAUCACAAAGGCUGGACCAGGGACUAUUGCAGAAGCAAUGAUUCGAGGUCUUCCCAUAAUUUUGAAUGAUUACAUUGCUGGACAAGAAGUAGGCAACGUGCCUCAUGUGGUAGAGAAUGGAUGCGGGAAGUUCUCAAAAUCACCGAAAGAGAUUGCAAAGAUUGUUGCAGAAUGGUUUGGUUCAAAGGCAGAUGAACUCAAGGCCAUGUCACAAAAUGCACUGAAGCUGGCCAGACCUGAUUCUGUAUUCAAGAUUGUCCAUGAUCUCCAUGAGCUGGUCAGACAGAGAAAUUUUGUCCCCCAGUAUUCCCGUGCUACUUGACAUUUUUCACCACCUAUCAAUUUUGAUCAGUUCAGAGUGGUGUAUAGUGGGUUAACCCAAGGCCUCUUUUUUUUUUUUUUUUCAUGGGUGUUUGAAAUUAUGAUAGUAGUUACUUUUCAAAGUAUUUUUUGUUUGGAAAUAUAUUAAAAUAAUAUAUUUUUUUA